AUGCGUGCACUGAUUAUUUUACAAAUAUUCAUUGAUGCAUUCGAGAGCAAGCUAUUAGAUUGCAAACGGCACUAUCACUCCCUACUGCAAAAGCUGAACGGUCAGUUGGCACGUACAGCACGUCAGAAACGGUUUUCUCCAGUGUCUGCUUCGUUGCCCAAUCGGGAUUCAGCUUUUUUUCUGGAUCACCUUAAUGCAAUACGAUUAGCACGAGAAGAGGAACUGAAUCGUACGCUUAGUGAUGCACGCCAGCACGAAUCACAUCAGAAACAGCGUAAACCAUUUGUGCCAAAGAGAAAUAAUACGCCUGAAGAAUGUCGGCGGCUGUCUCAACAAGAAUUAGUCGUGGAAUUGAAGCAAAAAGGAACAUAUAAUCCAGACUUGAUGGCUUGGGAUGCUCUCGGAAUUAUACGCUUUCUGGAUCGUUCUAUCGGUGACCAGUAUGAGAGGCAGUCGAAAAUUCGUCCAAGUGCCGAGGAAACAAUGGAACGUAAUGUGGAGGCGUUGGAGCGUAUACUUUCCGAGCUGAACAUUGAAUGCGAUGUACGUUCGCCUUCAGUGAUUUCGCGGCUGCAAAAUCUAACAUCGUGA